AUGGAAUUAGUGAAUCGAUGCGAUUCACUUUAUUCACAUUAUUUAUUUAUUCAAGUGACUCAUUUACAUCGUGUCUCCUUCGAAGGUCAUCCACAAUGGAAUACCACUGGAGUGACAAUUGCUGGCACAACAAGUAUCUCGGGUGGGGCAAUGACUUUGUUAGCUCAACCACAUGGUAUAUUUAUUGAUCCAUUAACAGAUUUACUAUAUAUUGCCGAUAGAUUCAACCAUCGUAUUCAGCAAUAUCAAUUUUUAACAAAUGGUACAACACUCAUAAACACUGUUGCUGGUACUAGUCAAGUUUCAGGGUGUACAUUAAGUCUAUUGUAUGAGCCAACUGCUGUUUCUGUUGAUAAACAACAAAAUCUUUACAUUGCUGACUUGAGAAACCAUAGAAUUCUCUAUUGGCCACAAGGAGCAACAAGUGGUGUUACUAUUGUCGGAUCACAAAGUUGCGUGUAUGGUUCGACUCUAAAUCUACUUGGUUACCCGAUAAAUAUUUUGAUUGAUUCAACUGGCACAAAUCUGUAUAUAUCAGACUGGAAUAAUAAUCGCGUUAUCAAACGGAUUGGAUUAAACAGCUCAUUCGGUAUUGUUGUUGCUGGUGGGAAUGGUGGCGGAAAUUCAGAAAUCCAAACUUUUAAUCCAUGGGGUUUAUAUUUGAAUGAAUCGUCAAAUACAAUGUUUAUUAUUAAUAAUGGUGGUAAUACAAUACAAAAGUGGCAUUUAGGUGACCAAAAUGGGACAUUUCUCGUAGGCACACCAGGUAUUUCUGGUUCAAAUGCUAGUCAGUUCUAUAAUCCUUCACAAAUAAUAGCUGAUUCAUUUGGAAAUUUAUACGUAAGCGAUACAUCCAAUCAUCGAAUACAAAUGUUUCAUAAAAGUAAUUCAUACGGUACUGGUAUAACAAUUGCUGGUGUAACUGGUAGUGCUGGUUCUACUGGUCAACGACUUCAUAGUCCAAACGGUUUGGCUUUUGAUUCAAAUAUGAAUCUCUUUGUAGCUGAUGCGCUAAACAAUAGAGUGCAGAAAUUUACGUUAUUUUAA